UGUCGGUGAAAGUACGGGGCUGCGGCAUCGGCAGCGCCACUAGCGGCGGCGCAACUCGGUGUGUGUCAAACACAGAGAAGCGAACACAGUGAGCGAAACGCAACGAUAUAUACUUGGGAUACUUCAAGCGAAGCAGCCAGCACACGGAGACGACUUCUCAGCCGUGAAUGUGUCGAGGAGCAGCGUCGUCGUCGUCAUCGUUGUCGUCGACGUCGUCGUCGUUGUCGUCGUCGUUGUCGUCGUCGUUGUCGUCGUGGUGUGUAUAUCCUCACCGUCUUCCUGCUGCGCGAGAGCUUCCAGUUUUUAGUGGGUUUAGUGGGCUUAUACCUUUGUUUAUUCAACGCCUCUCUCGAAAGAGACAGGAAGAGAGUGUGGGUGCACAAACUAUCGAAUGUGUGAUCGUAUCUUGAGCUCCAGUGAGUGAGGCUCUUCAUGCUUUCCAUUGACCAGCUUUUGCACUGGCUGCUGGAAGCUUCCACAAGGUAGAUUACCUGAUCUCAUUUAAGGACAGAUGUACUCUAUGAUAGAAAGGUGAUCCUAGCCACUGGCUUAAGAGCCAAAGAUGAAAUAGUCCAAGUUGAUUAGGGGAUGCCUAGCCUAUACUCGCUCGUCAUACGACGAGCUGCUCCCAUGGAUAUGGGUACUGCUGCAAGUUCAGUAUCUACAAUGAACCCCUCAUCGAAAGCCAUCAACAGUUGCAGCUCAAGUCAGAAGAAAAUGGACAAAAGCAACAGCAAACUGAGCGGUAUAAGACUACCCCUGCUACGUAAGGAAUCCAGUGCUAUCAAUUUGUCCCUGACUGAAAGGUCAAUGAAUAAAAGAAGUGGCGAAGCACCAUUGUUAAGGCCAGAGAGUAGUGCAAGCUUGGAGGCACGAGGGAAUAGUUGGAUAAACUUAGGACCUACAGCAUUAAGAAAGUGUGAGACUGCAGUGGGUUUAAGUACUUUGGCCCUAGAAGGUCGACCGGUGAACCGUAGUCGAGUUUGUUCGCGAUGCUCCAGUCUGCUGUCACUUGCCUCGAGCUCAAGGUAUAGCUUGGCUGCUGGUAAUUUCGUACCGGCGGCCACCUCGCAGCAGCAGAUUGGUCGUUUAUUGUGCAAACUUUGUUUAUCUGACGUGACUCUCUCCCAAACGUUCAGCAUCGAAGACUGUGGAUGCUCUUACUGUAAGGACUGCAUGCGCGCUUACGUGGAGUUUGAAAUUGAAGAAGGAGCGUAUGACAUCAGCUGUCCUGAUGCGAAAUGCGAUCAAGACGGGAUGCUUUCUCUCAAGGAAAUUGGCACACUUGUGAAUCAGGAGCUCAUCGAAAAACACCACAAAUUCCGUCUGAAUAGAGAUGUGUCAAUGGACAAAGAAAGAGCAUGGUGUCCACGUGCAGGUUGUGACACAAUAUGUUCACUCAAUGGUUCUGAUGGUGGUUCGCCAGGUCAACCAGGACCCGUUCAUUGUCCGAAUUGUUCGACAGAUUUUUGCUCGAUAUGUCGAGAACCGUGGCACGUUGGUCCUUGUCCUGAAUUACUAAUGGGUAUACCAUUUGACAGUGAUCACAUCAAAUGUUGUCCAAUGUGCUCGGUACCUAUCGAAAAAGACGAGGGUUGUGCGCAAAUGAUGUGCAAGCGAUGCAAGCACGUAUUCUGCUGGUACUGCUUGGCUUCUCUUGAUGAUGACUUCCUGUUACGACACUAUGACAAGGGACCAUGCAAAAACAAGUUGGGUCACUCGCGUGCCUCAGUGAUAUGGCAUCGGACACAGGUGAUCGGUAUCUUCGCAGGAUUUGGUCUCUUGCUCCUCGUAGCUUCGCCCUUACUCCUACUUGCGGCACCUUGCAUUGUUUGUUGCAAGUGUCGAGUAUGUGGUUCGUCACGACUAGAUCAAGACGAAACUGCAGCGGCUGUGGUUAAUCCCGCUAGGAGUACAACAGUCAAUACGACUGAUGUUGCUACAAAUAGCCAGGAUGAUGUUGGUUCGUAAUUUUUUGUCGACGCAACGGUUCAGUUUGUAAGCGCGAAACUUAUCAGUAGUGAACGCGUGUAUGCUUGUAAUAACGUGGAAUCUACUUGUUUUUAACAAUCGAUGGUAUUACAAAAAAAACGGAGAUAUUUUUGAUGAGACGUUUUAUUUGACUUGCUUGAAAAUAAGUGGAUUCUCACUCAUCAUUGUUCAUAAUGUUCACUCGGCGAUUAGUCACUUAGAACAUUUUUCAUGUAAUUAGUGUGUAUUUUCCGUUUUACUCAUGUAUUGUGAGAAAACUCAUUUGUUGAUAUGAUAAUUGAUUGAAUCUGCCGACAAAUUCUGCCGCCAACUCGCAGAAUAUACUUUUUCUUAAUUGUGAGAUAAAUGAAAUAUGCACGAAGACAUAUUGUCUUAGAGAAUCAACGAUUUUGACGCUAUUUUUUUUUCACGAGAUGUUUUAUCUUGUUCUGACAGUCAAGUGUAAGCGACCGAGUCCUCGCUAGUUUUAAGAGGUUGAACCAAGUGAGAAGAACGGCCAAUAGAAGUUGACGUUCUUAUAAUACAUAAUAUAUACACACUACUUAUUGCCUUCCUUAUUUGUUGAUAAAAAUUAGAUGUAAAAUAUUAAGAGUAAUAGUAAUUGGUUGUUGAGUUACCGAAAAUGUUGUGACACAAAAAAAGAUCAAAUAACAUUCCUUAAAAAAUGAAUCUAGGAUUCUGUAAAAAGAUGGCUUUUAAAUAUUUUAAGAGAAAAAUAUAAAGAGUCGCGUUUUCGCAUCGUUUGUAAUGUAUUUGACGACGCAGUUUCAACUAAGAAUUUUGACAAAAGCUUACGUUGUUUAUUAAAUUUUUUUAUUAUUUUUUUUGUUAUAGGCCCAGUGUCUAGAAAGGUAUUUAAAAUUACGUUUCAACGUUAAUGUUAUAGGGGUAGGCAACUGUAUAUGCUAUCUAUACAAUUAACUAAACAAGAAAAAUUUUUAUUUGAUAUUUGUGUAUAAGUUAAAAAAUAGUAUUAACUUUCCAUUAAUUUUGACGCGUGUGAUUGUAUAUAAAUAUAUUGUAACCAAUGGUUAACAGUGAUUAGUAAUACUUUUUUGUUAUUAAUAUGGCAGAUGCUGUACAUUAUAGAGAAGAUUGUAAAGUUUACGUAAUAUUUUUUCUUCAUUUCGUUGUUAAUGAAAUAAUUUCACACGUAUCAUUUAAACACAACGAUGCAUUUUUUUAAUGUAUAGAAUAGUUAAGCUUGCAAAAUAAUGAUUGCCUCUUCUUACUUUCAUAACCCACUUAUAAAGAACCAUUUUUUGUUACUUUUCCAGUCUUUUUUAAACAACAAUUUUUCGUUGUAAAUGCAGUGCAUCAAAUAUACUUAAAACUCAAUCUUUGACACACACACACACAUAUAUAUAUAUAUAUAUAUAGACUUGAAAGUGUGAAUAACAAACCCGUACUUUUUUUCAAAUUUUUUUAAAAUUAUUUUUAUACGUGUUCUGAAGGAUUUAUCUCGAUGUGAUUUAGAAAGAAAAGGUUUUAAUCUCUAUGGUGAUUUCAACGUAUUAAGUAUACAAGAAAUAAAAAUUUUCAUCUAAUUAAUAAAGUUGUGAAACUAAAAGAUUACGGCACAGAGUACUAGUCAACAGCAAUUAGAUUGUAACUCAAAAUACCUUUAUACAUAAGUUGAAUAAUUCAUCUAAGAUAAGGUGAAAAUAAAUAAAAGUCAACCAUAUUUUCCAAGAUUAUGUUGUGAAAAGCUACUAGCAAUUUGCCUAGUGCCAAAUAUGCCUCAAAAAAUAUUUCCUACUUAAAAAUCUCUAUAUAGUACUGUCUGUUACAGAUAUUUUAAUUUUUUGAACAACUUAUUGAGUGUAUUGAUACUUUUUGAAUUCUAAAUUAAUAAAAAAUAUAUAUAUAUAUACACAUAUAUAUAUGAAAUGAAGACUCGCAGGACUGUAAACUCGUUUGCAUAAAUGUGGAAUAAUGAAGCUCCGUCGUAUGUACCGAUAUAAAGUUCCAUUUGUAAAUACUAAUUAUCUAGUUAUUGGUUUUGCAUUAGUCUUGUAUAGUGAUUUAAAA